GUUGUUGGACCUCAUUCGCAUCGCAACACAUAAAUCGUUAUGAAACCAUGAUGUGUUAAUUAUACAUACACGUGUUGGUAUUGUUCACUGCUGCACUCUAAAAACAGCUGACUUCGCCGCAGAACGCUGUUUCAAGGAACCGUCGUUCUCUUUCCUGAUUUGUUGAAAAUAGGAGGCGUACGCCUUUUUGUGGUAAUUUAGGUAUGUGUUAAUUGCCACAAAAAGCUUAUCCUCAAAUUAUAAGCGGCAACUGCACUCUAAAAACAGAACUUCACCGCAUAGCACGCUGUGCCAACCAUUGCCGCGAAUGAUACGGUUAUCGCUUUUGAUUCGAGGAGAGAGGGAGGUGUACACCUUUUUGUGGCAAUUACCAUAUAUCCAAAUUGCCACAAAAAGGCGUACGUCCCUCUCUCUCCUGGAAUCAGAAGCGAUAACCCUAUCAUUCGUGGGAAUGGUUGGCGCACAUCGUGCUAUGCGGUGAAGCUCUGUUUUUAGAGUGUGUAUUCCGGCCCGAGCAGUAACCGUGUUAUGCGGUGAAGUUCUGUUUUUAGAGUGUUGUCAGAACAGCAGCGUACACAAAGUUACGUCAAUUCGGAUGCAAUUGAAGUCGCGUAACAAUUACUUGAAAGGUUGCUGCUAUACUAACUGCUGAUUUACCACAGCUGCGGAUUGCGCAAUGUCAUACUACUCAAGGACCAACUACCGAAACCUAUGUCAUUGGGUCAGCACCAGCGGUGGCAAUGUGCCCUACAAUGCCGUAGCGGGAGGCGAAGACUCCGGUGAAGCCAUCUACAUUGGUAGGGCUGAACAUGACGGCGACGUUGUUCCAGGCAAGAUUGUACCUUCCCACAACGUUUGCUACGUGCCGCACGGGGGACGCGAACACGCCAACCGUUCAUACCAGGUCCUAGUGUCUUUAGACGAAAGCCAGUUCGACUGGGUACCACAGUCUAGAGGGGGCUUGCCUCCAGGUGCGGUUCAAGGCGGUGUGACGGAGUCCGGCGAGCCGCUCUACAUCGGUCGGACUUUCCACGAAGGCUCCCUCACCAUUGGGAAGAUUCACUGUUCACAUGGAUGUCUUUACAUCCCAUACGGCGGAGUAGAGCACUCUUACACGUCUUACGAAGUACUUGUAUGCCGCACUGUUAACUUCUGAGUUGCAUCAAAGCGAUCCAAUACCGAUUUAAAGAGGCGCAGUCGAAUAAAUAGAAAUGUUCUUCCGAAUUAAGUCAC